AUGCCAACGUUGGUUGUGAGGGCGUUUAUUAUCCUCUAUGCACUAGCCUCUGUGAAGAUAAAGAACCACUGGUAUCUCGGCGAAGCACGUAGGUCUUCAUCAGCCCAUUCCAGUCCCACACCUAACUCGGGCGCGACAGUGCCAGCUCUGCUAAUAGGAAUUGUUCUCGGGCCAUACGCUGCUCGUUUCUUGGACGCAUCAGAAUGGGGUUCUGCAGUAUGGGGUCAGCAAGACGCAAUUACCUUGGGUCUCUGCCGCGUAGUGAUCGGUGUUCAGUUGGUGAUUGUGGGAUUCCAGCUCCCAGCCAAGUACCAGAUCCACAGGUGGAAGGAGAUGCUGAUCUGCCUUAUGCCGAAUAUGGCCUUGAUGUGGCUCUGCACGUCGGCGUGUAUUCUGCUGGCGAUUCCACGCUUGAAUCUUUCUCCGGCUGACGUACAGGGCCAGCUAAGCGCCCUGGUCCUAGGGUCGUGCGUCACAUCCACCGAUCCCAUCCUCUCGCAGGCCAUCGCAAAAGGUCCGUUUGCAGAUCGCUACGUCGCCCGUGAUCUGCGUGAAAUCAUAUCCUCGGAAGCUGGCGCAAAUGAUGGGUUUGGCUUUCCGUUUUUGAUGCUCGCAACUUAUUUACUGCGGUAUACGCAGGGGGAUCCUGCCCAUAAUCCCGAUCAGGACGAGAUUGAGCACCGUUCUAUCUCUCUGUAUACCCGGGCGGGCCAGGUAGGUCACCAGGAUGGAGGGCUGACCAAGGCGAUGGAAAUGUGGGUGGUGGAGACGUGGUGCUACUAUGUGGUUAUGGGCGCGGUGUAUGGUGCUGUUGUUGGCUAUGCCGGUAUGCAUGCAUUGAGGUUUGCGUUAAGGAGAAAAUGGGUAGAUGGGGAGAGUUACCUGUUAUUCCCCGCCGCAUUAGGUUUGUUUACCAUCGGAACCUGCGGCGUAAUCGGAACAAACGACCUCCUGGCAUGCUUCUCAGCUGGCACAGCACUGAACUGGGACGGAGCCUAUCUGUCCGAAACGGAAGCGCGCCACGACGAAGUCAAUCCCAGCAUCGACGUGCUCCUCAAUUUCGCUGGGUUUAUGUACAUUGGUGCCGUCAUCCCAUGGGCGGACUUCCACCAGCCAGAGACAACGGGAAUUACGUAUCCGCGGCUCAUUCUGCUGGGUUUCAUGGUUCUUUUGUUUCGGCGCAUACCCAGCUUGCUUGUCCUGUGGAAGUUGAUGCCCAAGGUCUGUACGAGCUGGAAGGAGGCGCUGUUUAUGGGGUAUUUCGGGCCGAUUGGAAUUGGCGGCAUCUUCUACGCUGAGCACGCGAGCCACUUAUUUCCCGAGGAUGGAGAGGGCAGCGCAGUAGAAACGACUCUCAUUCGCGCUCUGAAACCAAUAAUCCAUGGUCUUUCCAUCCCAGUUCUCAGCAUCGCGUACAAAAUCCUGAAUGUUCCGCACCAAAUCGACCCACUAGGCCCAGCCGAAGUGCGCCCGCUCAGCCGCAAUGCACACCUCCCUCCAAACAGCACGGUAAAUACCAAGCAGCAUUCAAUACUCAUGUACAACCGGUUCUCGAGGAGCAAAUUCCCUGGUGCCGGGGUUGGGAUGGGGUGGGGGCUGCCGCAUUUUCAGAGCGUAGAGGAGAGGGAUCGCGAGGAGUCCAAGAAGAGGGGGCUGUGGGGGGAUAGCUUUUAUCUCACUACGGGAUCUGAAGAUAGUGAAGGUUCAGGGCAUGGCCCAGUUGGCGAGAAGGGUUGGGGGCUCGGUGGGGGCGCGAUUGGGGGAAAGAGGUUUGAGAUUAGGCCUGCGCAUGUUGUUCCGAGCGUUGCCUAUAGAGGAAUCGCCUUUAAGCAGUUCUUCGAGUUGAAUGUGACAAGCGGCAAAUCCAUGGCCAAAAAUAUGUUUACUGUAUUUCAAAGCCGUAAAAGCAUGUACGAAAACCCCGGGACUAAAGUCAAAGAGCACGAUCUCCAGCAAGGCCCCGGUAAUACUCCUCCAGCUCGUCACCUCCAUCUUGCCACCAACGCGAAUGCAACCGCUGGAGAGUCUCAGCUCAUUCACUCUUACGCAUCGCGAGCUCCUCCGACUGCAACUGACCAGGCGACCCAUGCAGCAUAA